GGGGUCGGCAGGGGAGCUGUGAGGUCAGCGGCACAAGAUGGCGUCACCCCGUCGCGGCUCUGGAGGUGGAGACGCCGCUCGGGCUUCCUAGGGGAGGGGCGAGGCCGAGAGCGACAACCGGAGCCGUCAGCGGGACCGGGGCCGCCGCUCAGAUUUCAAAGCUUGCAGUGGCGCUUGAAGUGAUUAGAGUGGGUCUGCUUCAGACCUCCCUUUCUGCCAAACUUGGUGAAAGAGCAGCUGCUUCUGCUUAGGGGGAUGUGGUUGUAACUUCACGUAAAUGCAGGUUUCGAAUGACGUUAGGUAUCAAAAUCAUUAUGGAGGGUAGUUCAGUGAAAUCUCCUUUCAUGAAAGGGGAAUACCGACUGCAGUGAUGUGAAUGCAAGUGGUGUCUGCCGAGUUACAUUAGAAGUACAAGGCUGGAUUUGUUGCUGCAGACUUUUGGGAAAUGUCACCUGCAUGGAAGCAGAAGUGACUACAGACUGGUAAUUGAGUCUGUGCCUUGUACAUUGGUUAUCUUUUCUGGCCUGCCUUGGUUUUACUAUGCUUUAGACUUCCAAAUUAUUUGAAUCCUGUAACAAAGCUUUAACACUUACCAGGAGUAAGAGCUUUCAAUUAAAAUUUGUAGGUUGUAAGAUCUUCAGGGCAGAGUUUGUACCUGCAUCUGUGUGUGUUCAUAGCCUAGCACAGCAGAGCUCUGAUGCCCAUUAUGGUCUUUGGCUGCUACCAUAACACAAAUAUUUAAUAUCAAAUUUGCAUCUUAAAAUAUUGUCAAUCUAAAAUACCUUCUGUGGCAUUUGCGUCAGAAAUUGCAUAUUUGAAUCAAAUCGCUUGUAGAAUCAUAGAAGUGCACGCCUGGAGGGACCUUGAUAGGUCAUCAAAUCCAGCCCCCUGUGCUGAGGCAGGACCAUGUACUUAAUUGAUGCAAUAUAAAUGACAAACAAACGGCCCUUUAUAUAACUGAGGCCUCGAUUGGCAAUUUCCAGCAUGUGGGAAGGCAGCUGAAUCUAUUGACUUUAGUGGGAUCUGCGUGCGUGUGUGUGUGUGUGUGUAGUCGGCCUAGCACACACUGUAAAUUGCAAGAUCAAGGACUUAGAACAAAGUCUCCUUAUUGUUUAGAAAUCAAAGAGGAGCUGGGUCUGAACUGAGUGUGGUGGAUGCCUAUCACGCCGGAAAGUUUGCUGAUUGCAUCAAAAGAAAUGAGGCAAGAAAUAUUUUCUUAGGCAUCUGAAUCUUAGCGGGAGAGUUGCUUCAAAGGGCUCCUGUGGUCUGGAGUCUAGACAACUGUAACACUUCUGCCAGGUGGUAAAUGGCAGCGAAAUUAUAUCUAGGGUCCCCUCUUGACAUGUCACUAAACUGGCUAAAGCCCACUCUGAUACCUGAGAAAAGUAAAUAUUCCCUCCCCGGUGCCUUAAUGGGUAGAACUUCCCCACUCCCAAACACUCAGACUGUGUACAGAUAAGGGAGCCUUUAUUAGGGGACAGGGAACACAGUCAUAAACUCGGGAAAAUACAGUAACAGAAUAUGUGUGCAAAUGAAGAGUUAACUCGUCCUCUUCCCCGGUAACUUUAGCAGUAGUCCAUCUAACGCCCUUCUCACCCACUGGUGAAAAUGUCCCACAGUGUCCCUUGGCCGCACCUUCACACCCAUCUGCCUGGCUCUUUCUGUGCCAUUUGACCCUCUGUUGGGGGGGGGGCUAAUGAAGCCUAAAGUUAGCAGAAGGAGCUGCUAAUGUCUUUGCCUCUAUGGCUGUGCAGCGCUCUCCUUUCCAACCUUAGCGUGACCCUGGAGGAAGUGCCUCAAAAGCAGACUUCACAGUUCGUAUAUCAGAAGGCCUUCGGGAUGGCAUAUUUACUUGCUUGCAGAGAGAACUUGUUGAAUGAGCUAUUAGUGAUAGCUAAGCUAAAAGUGGACACGGAUAGAGAGGAACCUUACUUACCUAAUGAGGAAAAGCGAAUAAGGGCUCAGCUCCUGCAGUGAGCUCCAGGCAGGUGGACACGAAUGCGGAACUAACAUUUAUUAGUUAUUGAGACUGCUUCUUGUGGUUGCAGGGUCUACCUGUGUGAAGCUCAUUGCAGGGUUGGGGACAGUGUUAAUGACAUUGUCAACAGCUAUAAAGAUGGCAGAGUCUGGAGAGAGCUUCUCUAACUUAAAAAAAAAAAAAAAAAGUCUUAAGAGGCGUGACAAACUAGCUGCAGCCACCCAAAGCCCACCCUGGUAGAGGAGAACCAGCACACAUGGAAAUAGUCCGUGGACAGACCGUCAGAGAGGGAUCACAGUUCAAGGCAACUGCACCCAUAUUUCCCGUCUGUGGUCCAGCAAGGGCGCCCACUCUAGGCUUCUGGCUCCUUUAGCCAUCUCCUCACUUGGGUGGGGACCCACGUCUUCUUCGCUUCUGACCGGGGUAUCUCCAAGGCUGAGCAGUUCUCUGCCCUCACUGUGUUACCCACAGCAAAAGACAGACUGUCUACACAGACCUGCUUGCUUUCUGUUCAGAGACCAACAACGUAACUGCCCACAGUUAAGCUAUCAAACAGCUGUUUCUAUGCAAGCUUAUUUAUUGUUAAGGUAAAAGCAUUACAGAGAAAAGGUAUUAAAACACAGUGAAAGAACCUUCACGCGUGCUAAUAAACUUGCCAGAGAUCACCCCAACUCCAGCAAGGGCUCUGGCUGGUGAUCAGUCCUUCAAACCCCACAGAAGCAUCUCUUCUGUGGUCAAAAGUUCACAACAGUCUCUGCUCAGAACUAGCACUCAUAAAAAGUUUAGUCCCUCCUUUUAUAUAGUUCAGGGGUCUUUGAGCUGGAGUUUUCAGGAGCAGGUAGUCAGUAGACAAUGAGGUUUUUCUUCCCAGGACUUAGCUUCAAAAGGCCUCCCAAGUACCUCCUAGGAAACCCACUAACCACGUAUUGUCCCAAACUGUUCUUUGAAGUUUCUAACAUUUCUCCAAGGUUCACGUUAGGCAGUUUCCUGGAAAAGUUACAUAUGAUCCUACAAUAACACACAAUUGUAUUUUGAAUAUAAUUGAAUUCGAUAAAGUUUAAUGUAAUUCAAUAAGGUUUGUCCAGGACAUUGUAGGAAAUUGCCCUCUGCCACAAUCAGAUCGCAGAAUGGUGGAAGAGGGAGGUUUUCAAAAUGAAACCCCUUUCGAAAAGGAGCCUGUAACGUGAAUGGUUUCAGAGUAGCAGCCGUGUUAGUCUGUGUCCGCAAAAAGAAAAGGAGUACUUGUGGCACCCUAGAGACUAACAAAUUUAUUUGAGCAUAAGCUUUCGUGAGCUACAGCUCACUUCAUCGGAUGCAUUCAGUGGAUUGUGAAUGCAUCCGAUGAAGUGAGCUGUAGCUCACGAAAGCUUGUGCUCAAAUAAAUUUGUUAGUCUCUAGGGUGCCACAAGUACUCCUUUUCUUUUUGUAAGGUGAAUGUUAACCCACAGACAGCCAAGCCCUCCAGUGCAAUAAAUUCCCUGUCUUGCAUUUUCCUGCUAUUCCAGUGUUUGCUAAAUGCAUAGGUAAGGGCUUGCAAAUUCAAAUUCACACUCUACCUUAAUCUGAAUGAUCUUUCAAGUGUAGACAAGCCCUAAAGGCAAACCGGGUGUGUAUUUACUGUGGGGUAGCUAUACUGCUGUAAAAUCCCAAUGGAGGCGAGGCACUGCAAGCCUGACCCCAGAUGUACAGUACCUUCCCUCUUAAUUUGUGUAAACUUGAUUUUAAACACUAGCUUUAAUAAAAUUUACUGUGAAAAGAGUAUAGUAUUGACCUUCCUGAGCUCUCUCACAGCAAACACUGCAGCGUGCCGUGUGUCCGGUAGGAUUUUACAAUGAGAUGGGUAAUGUGCAUUAAUUAUCCCAUGGGAAAAACGCACCUUUUUGGGCAGUGAAGACAGCCUAAAUUGUAGUCUUCUGGCAUGACUGCGAUUCCUGGUUGAUACCUGUUACUACCAUUGAAGUCUUUUUGUGCUGGGCUUUUACAUCUUUAUUUUUGUAAGAUAUUUCAACUAGCCUUUGGUGUUCCUGGACCAAGUUCAGUGUCCUGUUCACUGGCAGUGCUUAGCUAGUGCAGAUUCCUGUGUAUAACAUUUAUGCAUAGCCUGUUCUUUGCACAGACUGAUAGGGUUCAUCAGGAUUAUAGUGAUAUAAUAAUCUACAAUCUCAUCCGUUUCAGGGCCAAACUUUUGUAAUCUGUCUUUCUGCUGCAGCAGGAAGGAUUAAGCUGCUUCUGGUACUCUGAUGUGCAGCCAGUAGUGUAGGGUGUGAGUUUACUCUAGAUAAUUCCUGUUGGAGUCGCAGAGCAAUCCCUCCCCUUUGUGCACUGAAGUUUGAAAAUGGUUUUUCUCUCCUCCCGUUUAAGGUAUCUUUCACAACUUUAUUUCUGACAGUUCUCCAGCGUUUGCCAGUAAAUAGAGACGUGAUCAUAGUAAGGAAUGUAGGAUUUGUAAUAACCCAUGGUAGUUUCCAAAGGUCAUUGUUUGGAGUUGGACCUCGUUGGGCUAGGUGCUGAAAUUAGAGGUAUACACAGUGCCUGUCCUAAAGAUCUGACAAUCCAAGGCUAGUGACAUAUGAAGGGUGAGGAUAAUGGAAUCAAAUAUGGUUUCUACCUACAUAUAAACUCAUGUUGCUUUUUCUUGUAAUAAAUAUCAAGUUGACUUCCCCAAAUCCUCGUUUGUUUAGUCAUUGUAUGUUGUUUCUAUCUUCAGCUAUUGCCCAGCCCUAUGAUUUGGUGUCUAAAAGGCAUAGUCUCUUUAAUAUAGUGUGUGAUCUACUAUCUAAUGCCUUUCUUUGUUGAAUUGGGGUCAGUUUAAGUCCCAUUUACACUGGCAGUUAACAGUGCAACUGUGCCAGGUAAUCCAUAAGUUGCUUGGUCCUUGGCCGCCUUUCUUUGCAUUAUUUGGGCUGCAGACUUAGUGUACUCUUUUCUCUGCAUCCCUCAAGAAGCUGAAGUACUUUCUUUGUUCCCUCUUCAGGGGGACCAGCUAUCACCAAAGCCAGUAGUGUUUGCUUUAGUGUGUUUUGGCAAUUGUACAGAAAUUAAGAGAAAUUGUGAAAUAAACAAGCCUAGAGGUGUAUUAGAGAAAGCAUCAGCAGAAUGACACCUGGUUGAGUUAAAAAUAGAUUCCGAGUUACCUAACAUGACUCAUUGCUCACAGCCUAAAAUGAGCCCAUGGUGCUCCAGGAAGGUUUGGUGGUGUAGCCGGGCGCAGACUCACUGGUGGCACCUCCUGCUGGUCGUCUCAGGGAAUUAGCAUUCCAGCCUCUGGAGCGCCCUCUGUCGGCCGGUGUCUCGCCUUGCUGCUGGCUCCCGUGUCCCUCUCAGGACCCCAGUGCCGCUUUAACUGGGUGCUGCCCCCUGGCAGUACCCCAACAGUUCUGGGUCUCCCCCUCCCAGGGGAACCCCCCACCCACUAUCCCUACCUCGCCUCAGUUGUAGGCUCCUGCCAGUCACCAGCUAGCCCCAGCUCCCUGGGGCAGACUACAGUAUGAGCCACUCAUCACAGGCAAGGUUGGGUUUGGACCUGCUGCCUCUGCCUACCCGUGGCUGCCCCUGCAACCCCCAUACCUAAUAGGCCUUCCCAGGCCUGCAGCCUGGGGCUUUCCUGGCUGGAGCUACCCAGCUCCCUUGGCCUUUCCCUAGCCCUGCUCCAAACUAGGUCUCUAUUCAGUUCUCUGCAGCCAGGUCCCUCCCUCUCAGGGCUAGAGAGAGAGUGCUCUUCUGCUCCUGGCUUCUCUAAGGCCCACUGGGUCUGUUUGCGGCGUGGCCCCCAGCUGCGGCUGAUCUGCCAUCAGCCCAGCUUUUCCUCUGGCCCAGCCCUCUUCCAGGGCUAUUUUAAACCCCUCUGGGCCCGAGCGGGUGUCCACCCCGCUACAGGUAGACUCUGGACAGUUGUUUCAUGUUGGGACAUGGUGAACAGACAGAUCUGGGGAUGGUGAUGGGGGACCUUAAGAGCACAGAAUAAAGUCUCACAUUCAUGCAGUCACUACUGGAUCUCUCUGCCUUUAUCAUUGUUAGUGAUUGUAUACUGGUGACCUGCAUACAAGACCUGGCAGGUGAGGCUGUUAGGGUGCUAAAAUCACCCCAGUCCUUCCCCCUUGGACAGAUCCCAGAGAGUCAUAAAGGGCACUGCUCCUUCACCAAAGCUCUUGCAUAUGGAAUCAUGAAGGAAUGGGGGGAGAGGGCUGUACAGCAGGAUUAAAGACAGAUCUUGAAGACUCCUCUGCCCAUGAUUCUAAAUGGCUUCUAAGAAGUCGGGAUCCGACUUUCACGGGCCUUUCAGUUAUCUUGAUGAUGUCCCAUUUAAGAUCGGAGACAAAUUCAAAACACCAGCCAAGGUUGGCUUACCCAUUGGUUUCUGCUUUCCUGAUUCUCCCCAGCUUGUCAGAGAAGCCCAGUAUGACUUCUCCCUGGAAAAGAGAACUGUUGAGUGGGCAGAAGACAUCAAAAAAAUCCAAGCAGCUCAGAGAGAAGCAGAGCAAAAGGCUGCGCAAGCAAUAGCUAAUUCCAAGGCUGCUUCAGACGACAACAGCAAAAUGGGCUUCUCUGAGGCUAUGCCACUUCCCAUUAACCCUAUUCUCGCUAGUCUACAGCACAAUAACAUUCUGACUCCCACCCCUGCCAACAGCAGUGCCAUAAAGCAAAAGGUCCUUAGUCCGCCUUACCCAAAGGCAGACUUCAACCCAGCAGAUUUUGAAUGUGAAGAAGACCCAUUUGACAAUCUGGAGCUAAAAACUAUUGAUGAAAAAGAAGAACUGAAAAAUAUUCUUGAAAUUCACGUUGGUACGACUGGGCCAAUUGUCACCCAACUGUUGGAGAAUAACUUGCCCAAAGUAGGGCCAGAAUCUGCGUUACAAGAUCAGGAAGUUCUGGCAUCCAUAGAAAGGGCUACCUUGGACUUCAAGCCCCUUCACAAACCCAAUGGCUUUAUCACUUUACCACAGUUGGAAAACUGUGAAAAGAUGUCCCUGUCUUCCAAAGUGUCCCUCUCCCCCAUCACGUCAGUGAGCAAUAUCAAAUCUCUCUCCUUUCCCAAGCUCGACUCAGAUGAGAGCGAUCAGAAGAUGUCAAAGCUCACAAGCACUUUUCACAGCGCUACCUGUCUCCACAAUGGCACUUUCCUCAGCUCUUUACAGGCCUGCUCUCCCAGUAAGGCUAGUGAACUCAACGGACAUCAAGUUGUUGGACUUUCUGCUUUAAAUGUGGACAGUGGAAUGGAGACAUCAACAUUAUCCUCUUCAUCCAUGCUGCCUUCCCUAUCUGUGUCAACACCUUGUACAGAAGAACAAUCAUCUCAAAACACAGCAACUAAGGUACAGACAGACUACACGGAAUCAGAGUUCCCUAUGAUAACGCACCAAAACUUCACAGUGUGUAAAGUGCCCAGUAAUACCAGCUGCACUAAAUGGUCAAGCGGCCCCACGUACUCAGACAUGCUGCAGACCCUGUCCGCCAGUGAGAGGCAGUGUGUGGAAACAGUCGUCAACAUGGGAUACUCUUACGACGAUGUCAUGACAGCCAUGAAGAAGAAAGGACAGAAUAUAGAACAGGUUCUUGAUUAUCUGUUUGCACACGGCCAGCUUUGUGAGAAGGGCUUCGAUCCUCUCCUUGUCGAAGCAGCUCUGGAAAUGUACCAGUGUUCAGAGGAGAAGACAACAGAACUUCUCCAGCUAAUGAGUAAAUUUAAAGAAAUGGGCUUUGAACUGAAAGACAUUAAGGAGGUCUUAUUAUUACAUAACAAUGACCAGGACAAUGCUUUGGAAGAUCUAAUGGCCCGUGCUGGAGCCAGCUGAAAACACUGGGGUUCUUGGAGAAUAAUGGAGAGCGCCUCCAGGGGAAGGCAGCCUGCCGGUGUAACCAGACCGCUGUCAUCUUCACAGCCGGAGCGUGUGAUAUGCUCUCUCUUUGGGAAGAAGCCCUGCGUUUCGUGUACAUUGGAGAAUGCGACUGACUGAGCCCAUCUGUGUGCGUCACUCCAGCGCACUCUUCCCAUUGAGAGGAGUUAACUUCCUUUCUUAAAUUAAAUUUUGAAAGUGCCCUUUCCUAGGUUUCCUUUUCUGGUUUGGCCACGAAGAGCUUAGACUGCCCGAGCACUACUGGAAUUGUACAUAGACAAAGCUGGAAGUAUUUCCCCCCCACCCCCCGCCUCACUAUUGCACUGGACUUGGACAGAGGAAUACAAAGUUGGGUUUGAAACAAGAAUGCUCUGGUUCUUUGAAGCUGCUUUCGUGGUGUCAGCUUUACUGAAACACUUGACUGUAUCACAGUUCAGAUUAACUGAAGUUGACCUUUAGUGCAAUGGACUUUUAUUUGUAUUGGGUUGAAAAUUAGUCUGUAACUUAGUGGAACACUGGUUUCUAACCUGUCGCUAUGCAUAAAGAGAGAAGCUGUUCCUUUCCCUCUUGUUUUUGGCCCUUCUGCCAGGCAUAGGUGUCCAGUGCUUGAGUGGUGUGUAAACAGAGUUUUUUCACAACAGGUAAGCUCUGAACUCUAGCUGGACUCACACCCAGUGGCUGGUCCUUGAACCGAAGAGGUCAGAGCUGGGCCUCUGCAAUCUCUCCCCUCCAGGUUUAUAGGUUACUUAAACAAAUGCCCUCCUAGGAAAUCAGUUAAUGGUCUGUUUUAAAUGAUAUUCAGUGUGAAGCAGGGGGUUCAUCUUUCAAGCACUUUCUUUAAAUACAAACAAUAUACUCACUGCAUUCGUUUCAUUUUUUUCACACUGCUUUAGUUACAUAUUCACUAACAUCUAGUAAUAGACAUCAGGUUUUUUUUGGUUUGGUUUUGAUAGUUCAAAGUGUAUUAUGUUGUACAUUGUUAAAGAUCUAAAUACAUAAAAUAUACGCAGUUUCUUGAUGAAUCUUUAAUUUGCUAAAUAUUUUGAUUCUGCAAAAAACUCCUAAUAAAACCCUAAAAUGGAA